AUGGAUGCCGCUAUAUUAUUAGAUAGUCAGCGUGAGAUCCAAGUUCGAAUCUCACGCUCUGUCGAAUACCUGAAGAAGAUGGGCGCUCCUAACAUCACAUCCAGUGCCGUCACUACCCGCAUCAGACUUCUCGAUCAAGCCUGGGAUAAGUUCGUAAUCCAGCACGAUCAGCUGCGCAUUGCCCUGAAAGAUAAGUUUAGGGAAAGUGAUUACGUUACUUCAGGACUCCAUGAUUUGACUGAAAAUACGUACGUACAGCAAAGGAGCAUCCUGGACGGCUACGCUGAACGCAUUCGGUCAGCCUCGGAGACAGUCAAGUUAAACGAAGCCGCUCCUCGAACCGCAUUACCUCGGGUCAGGAUUCCGCAGUUUUCGGGAGCUUACUCCGAGUGGCCAACCUUCCGAGAUCUCUUCCUGUCUGUCGUCGGUGAUAACGCCACCAUCUCUAAUAUCGAACGCCUGCAUCAUCUUCGGUCGAGUUUGAACGGACAGGCUGAAAAAUUGAUAAGCUCAUUACCGGUGACAGGAGACAACUACGAACGUGCAUGGACAAUACUGUGCAAACACUAUGAAAACGAGAGAGAACUUAUCCGAUGCAACUUCGCCGCAUUCAUCGCCGUGCCGAGAAUGAAGAACGGAACCGCUGAAGAACUGCAUCGCAUCCAUAACGCUGCCGUCACAGUCGUCAACGCACAGGAAAGUAUAGGUCGUCCCAUUGAAUCUCACGGAAUGGACCUCCUAAACUACCUGAUCGUCGAACAAUUCGACGCACACACUCGGAUGGAAUGGGAGAAUUCCAUAUCCGACUCCAACAAGUUACCACAGCACGAAACACUUUUGGACUUCAUGACGCGACGGAUGUUCACACUUAACGCCGUGCAUCCGAAGACUCUCAAGAAGAACUUCGGAGAGUCUUCACGAACGGCGAAGACACAUGUUGCGAAGCACGGAACUAACCUUCCACAAUGCGCACUGUGCCAUGAAAAGCACCAUCUGAUGACGUGUCGCGAAUUCAAGAUGAAAUCCGCUGCAGAUCGAAAGGCCUUCGUUGAGACACACAGACUGUGUUUCAACUGCCUCGGAAAUCACUAUCUCACAAAAUGUCAGUCGAAGAAGAACUGCAACACAUGCAAGGCACGUCAUCACACUUUACUGCACGACGCAUACAACACGGUCACCGCACAUACACCAGAAGCCACUUCACUCGCCGCACUGCACAAAGCCAAGGAACAGAAGGCUGUGCUUCUCGCCACUGCUCGGGUGAACAUAGCCGAUCGCCAUGGAGCACCGCACGACGUCCGAGCACUGAUCGACCAGGGAUCAGAGGUGUCGAUCGUUUCUGAAGCACUGGUGCAACGAUUGAACCUGCCUCGAUCACGCACCGACAUGGCCAUCUUUGGGAUCGGAGGCGCACGACCAGGGUCAACGCGUGGCACGCUGCACCUCACUUUGGACAUCACGAACGCCCGGCUCUCCGUGAUAGCGUUUAUAUUGCCACGCCUAUCACUUCUUCAAGGCUCCACGUCCAGCACACUACAAGAUUGGCCGCAUAUUCGAGGACUUCAACUGGCGGAUCCUCAAUUUCACGAGAACGAUCCAGCCGAGCUACUCCUGGGAGCGGAGGUGUGCUCCUUAAUUCUUGAAGAAGGUCUACGCAAGGGUGGACCUCAGAUGCCAAUUGCGCAGAAGACAUCACUAGGAUGGAUACUCUCUGGAGGCUCCGACGUCGCAUCCGCAGAAGAGCACCGUCGCACAUUCCAGUGCACUGCCGAUCACGAGCUACUCGAGCUGGUGCAACAGUUUUGGGAACAGGAACGGGAGACCAACGCAGUCACGACACUCUCCGUCGAAGAGCAGCAAUGCGAGGAAUUCUUCGUGCACACGCACACUCGCACCCCUUCAGGACGAUAUGUGGUGAAGCUGCCAUUCUCCUCACCAAUCACUGCACUCCGCGAAACCCGCAAACCAGCUGAGCGGCUUCUUACAACGAUGGAGAGGCGAUACGUCCAGGACCGUCGAUUCGGCAACCUGUAUCGCAACUUCAUGAAAGAAUACGAAGACCUAAAACAUAUGACGCUGGUGACAUGCUCCACAACUAGCAAUCAGUCAACGUACUUACUACAUCAUGGAGUACUCAAGGAGUCCAGUGCCACGACGAAGCUGAGGGUCGUGUUCAAUGGGUCGCAGCGAACGCGAACAGGAGACUCAUUAAAUGCACAUCUCAUGAUUGGAGCAAAUCUUCUGCCAGCUCUUCCUGACGUACUCCUUCGAUGGCGUCAACACCAGUAUGUCUUCGUUGAUGAUAUAGAAAAAAUGUAUCGGCAAAUACUCGUGCAUCCGGAUGACUGCAAAUUCCAAACGAUCCUGUGGCGUCAUUCAACUGAUGAUGAAGUGCGAGAGUACCAGCUGAGAACGGUCACCUACGGUCUGGCGUGUGCUCCGUUUCUCGCCAUACGGACACUCCGUCAGCUCGCAACAGACGAAGAAGAGCAGUUUCCUCGUGGCGCCGUGGCUCUGCGUCGAGACUGUUACGUCGACGAUGUGGUCACCGGCUCAAAUACGCUGAACGAUGCGAUCGCACUCCAGACAGAAAUUCGCAACCUCUGCUUGGCGGGCGGAUUUCCGUUGAAGAAAUGGGCAGCCAACGACGAGAGGAUCCUGACUGGAGUACCAAGCAAUCAUCUUUUGCAGCAAUUACCGCCAGCCUGGGAAGAAGAGAGCCACGCCACGCUAGGACUCCGCUGGCACCCGCAACACGACCAGUUCUCCUUCGUGUUUCAUCCGCACGCUGCCAUCAAUCACGAAGAGAACGGAUUGGACUGGGACACCCCGCUGCCGCCAUCCAAAGCUCGAGAAUGGCAACGUCUUCUAGAAGAACUCCAUCUUCUAGAUCAGUUGCGAAUAAAACGCUGGCUCGGGACCAGAGCAGAUAAGACCACGCUGCAGCUUCAUGGCUUCGCCGACGCAUCCGAACAAGGAUAUGCCGCCGCAGUAUACAUCCGCAUCACUGAAAGGAACGAAACGUCAAUAAGGUUAUUGAUGGCCAAAAGCAAGGCAACAUCAGACACAUACUUAUGGUCUGAUUCAACAGUGACCCUCCAGUGGAUUCGCGGUCACUCCUCACGCUGGAAGACUUUUGUCGCCAAUCGAGUCGCUCACAUCCAGACGCAGCUGCCUAAUGCACAAUGGAGACACGUAGCUGGUCACGACAACCCUGCGGACUGUGCAUCAAGGGGUAUUAAUCCAAGCGAACUGAUCAAUCACGCUCUAUGGUGGACAGGACCUACCUGGUUAUCACAGAACGAAUCGGCCUGGCCAAACUCCGAGAUGGAGAUCCGAGGAGACGACGUGCCAGAAAGGAAAGCCACGAGCCUGAUGACUGUGAACCGGGUCAUCAUCGAGCCAGAAAUCCUGCUCCGCUUCUCAUCACUGCAUCGCCUGCUACGGAUAUCCGCAUGGUGCCGUCGCUGGCUGCGCGCUUCCGAGCCGACUCACACUGCUGGAUUAACGUUGAGUCCGGAGGAACUUGACAUGACACUCUUUCGUUGGCUUCGAGAAGUGCAGACACUGCACUUCACGGACGAGAUCACCGUAGUCGCAGCUGGACGCUCCGUCGCACCAAGCAGCACAUUAGCCAAGCUGACUCCGUUCCUCGACGACCAUGGUGUUCUGAGAGUGGGAGGUCGGCUUAAGAACGCCCUGCUGACACAGGAUGAGAGGCAUCCGAUGAUCAUUCCAACCUCGUCGUGGCUGACUCGUCUGCUGGUGGAAUCCUGUCACCGUCGGACGCUGCAUGGAGGAGUGCAACUCACCCUGGGGCUGCUUCGACUGCGCUUCUGGAUUCCACGAGGACGCACAGUCGUAAAACAAUAA